UCUGCUUUCUUUGGUUGCGAACGCAUAAUACUUUUCUGCAACAUGGCAACUCAGAAGACAACUGAAGUGCCCGAGUUCGUCCUUGAUAGCGAAAAUCUGCGGAUUUACCGCAGACUGGAGCUGUUGGGAGAGGGCAGUUUUGGCAAAUGCUACAAAAUGAGAGACGUUUGCAAUGGAGAGAUCUUUGCCGUCAAAGUAAUCCCGAUAGAGGACUCUGCUGGACUAGAAGAGUGUCUACAAGAAGUAGACAUUCUGAAGAAGCUACAACACCGGCAUGUUGUGAGCUUCUCACAUUAUACUGAAGAUGAGAACUUUAUGUACAUCUUCAUGGAGCUGUGCAGCAGGGGGUCGAUGCUGGACAUCGUUCAAGAGAGAGAGUCACUGACCAACGCAGAAGUGCGUUAUUACAUGCGGCAGCUCAUUUCAGCAUUAAAAUAUAUGCACGAUGAAGGCCUUGUCCACAGGGACCUCAAAUUAGAGAAUUUGUUGGUAACUGAGAAUAUGGAGUUGAGACUGGCUGAUUUUGGACUGGCAGGCAAGCUGGAGCCGCUGGAAACGAUGCAUAAAUGUUUUUGCGGAACAAAGGAGUAUGCGGCACCAGAAGUGUGGAAAAAGAAGGGACAGGGGCCAGAGGCGGACGUUUGGGCACUGGGCUGUAUCAUGUACGUAUAUCUUCUGAACCAUCCUCAGAGUCAGAGCCAGUCAGAGCAAGAAUGCAUGACACCUGAAAUGUGCACCAGUGUAGAAUGAUAUAUGCGAAUGAAAC